ACGGGCCCACUUCCGCAAUGACGGAUGACUGAUGCGAAGACAGUAUCGGGGAUGAUAAAGCAGACAGGCUUAUGGGAGCCACGCUUCUCUGUGCAGCGGAAGUAUAAAGUCGAGCCAGUCCUCUCACUAUCAGCCUCAUUCACUCAACGACACAGAAUAACCCCCGUCGACAACAAUCCUUCCAUCGCCCAGUCUAUCGCCUGUGUCAUUAGCAGCAAUGGGCACCGCCGCAGUCCUCGCUCCUCACGAUGUGCCCACGAGCCUCAAUUACUACACGCCCAUAGGCACCGAGGAGCCGUACCAAUACGUCCAGACACCCCCAGAGGGCAAGGCACCCCACAACCUCGGCUCCGAGCCGCAUGAGGUGACAGUACGCGACGCACGCGGACGCGAAGACGAGUUCUCGCUCGACAAGAACGGUUUCCAGUUCGUGAAGUACCCGAGCGUUGAGAAGGAGUUCGACGAUGAGGAGCGUAUCAAGGCGGUGUACUACCCCGAGGUCGAGAAGCUCCUCAAGGAGGUCGCAGGCGCGAAGCGCGUGUUCAUUUUCGACCACACCAUCAGGCGCAAGCCCGGCUCUCCCGAAGCGCUGCAAGGGACGGGUGUCAUCCCUCGUGGCCCCGUCGAGCGUGUCCACAUCGACCAGACCUACAACGCCUCCGUCGAGCGCGUCAAGUACCACCUCCCCGAGGACGCCGAACGGCUGCUCAAGUCGCGCGUGCGCAUCAUCAACGUCUGGCGGCCUAUCCACCACCCCGUCGCGCACAAGCCGCUCGCGGUCUCGGACUGGCGCUACCUGGAUGAGAAUGACCUUGUGCCGGUGCACUUCAUCUACCCGCACCGCACGGGCAGCACGUACUCAGUGAAGUACAACCCGAACCACCAGUGGUGGCACCUGUCGGACCAGACCCCGGACGAGGUUACCCUCAUCAAGUGCUACGACUCCGAGUCGGACAGGGCGAGGUUGACGCCGCACAGCGCGUUUGCGGACGCGAGCAGCCCGGCUGAGGCGCCGCACCGGGAGUCGAUUGAGGUUCGUGUGUUGGUGUUUGACACCGAGUAGACGCGAAUGGGCACCCCUUUCGGGUUGUAGGAUCUUGGUGGAUAGUGUGUUGAAUGUUUGUAAUAUUAUGCUGUUCGAGUGAUGCAAUCGAACGUUAUGAUCACUCAGCGCA